AUGAGCCGGCCUCCUGUCUUUGCUACCGAGGGACGACGGUCGUCCAGUCGUCAACGACGCCCAGCUAGUGCAACUCCGGCUGAACCAUCUCCUUCAAGGACGAGGACUAGGAAAGGCAGCGAUUCGAUUCAUCCUGUUGCCCCAGAAACUCCAAAAUCACCCGGUCGCCGAGGUCGAUCACAUAAAAUCCAGACAAUACCAGAAUAG